AAAAAAACAAUACCAGGCCUUUUGCCACUACAUUGCAAGACCCUUGGGCCUCUUUGCCCCUCCACCCCACCAAGCAGAAUCGCGCAUCCUUCCGUCACCACAGAGCAACAACCAUGUCGCCAAGCGCACAACCAACUGAGAAGGGCGAGGGGUUGGUAGAUGUUGGCAUUGUGCCCAACCCGAACCCAACGAUCACCGGGCCAUGGACAGUGGAAAAGGUGCUGGAGACAAUCCCUACGGGCAAGCCUGUCGAGGGGACGAGCUCGCCGGUCGAGUACUUCCACCUCCUUGAGCGCCUCAAGACCACCAAGCGGGAGGGGUGGCGGAGAUUCGCGAUCGACCGGGGCGAGUCCAUCUCCGACCACAUGUACCGAAUGUCCAUGAUUAGCAUGCUGGCGCCUCCUGCCCUUGCUGCCAAGCUCGAUAUGGCCAAAUGUAUGAAGAUGUGCCUGAUCCACGACAUGGCCGAGUCGAUCGUCGGCGACAUCACGCCCGUCGACAACGUUACGAAGCCCGAGAAGAGCCGGCGCGAGGCGACGACCAUGGAUUACAUCACGCAGGGCCUGCUCGGCAAAGUGCACGGCGGGAACGUCGGGUCGGAGAUCCGGGCUAUCUGGCAAGAGUACGAGGACUCGAAGACGCUUGACAGCCUCUAUGUCCACGACAUCGACAAGAUGGAGCUUCUUCUGCAGAUGAUCGAGUACGAGAAGCGCGGCAAGGGGAGGCUGGAUCUCGGCGAGUUUACAUACGUCAAGACAAAGAUUGUGCUGGACGAGGUGAAUGCCUGGGCGGAGGAGAUCAUGAAAGAGCGGGAGGAGUUUUGGGCGGGACAGGCUCAUGUCCAUGGCGAAAGAGGCGUUGAGGGCGGCGUCGCUCCCGCGAACAGAGCGAAGCAGGAUGCGUACUACAACAAGGAGUAGGGGGCCGCAUUUCGUUAAUUCCGGCAUGGGUUGGGUUCGCGGGGGGGAAAGGCAUCCGUAGAGGGAUGUUCACCUAGACUUUGGCAUCUGCAUUGCAUUUGAGACUACACGGGGCACCGCGAGGUUUUUAGAAG